GAUGGAUGACUGCUGGGUGGGAGCGAGCGUGCGGGUGUGAGUGUGUGUGUGUAUGUGUGUGUGCGCGGGGUGCGUGCGCGCGCGGGGCCUGCCCAUUUUCCUCCUCGCAGCAGUCAGUUGGGAGCUGGAGGGCGGGAGGGAGACGCAGGCAGAGAGAAACGGAGAGGAGCCGAGCGCCCUCCGCCCAAGGCGCGCUCCCUCUGUCCGCGCACAGGCGCCGGCGCUUGGAGGAGCAAGGUGCCACCCAGCCCGCAAGGGCGCAGCGUACAAGCUCACGGUCUCCUCGGUGGCUCUGCCACGGGACUGCACCUGGAGGCCACCCCGGACGGGGAUGGUGAGCGGCUGCCGCCGUCUGGCACGGAAGCGGGACGCGGUGAGGGCACCAUGGCGCUGACACCCCCGAGGGGGCCCUCGGCGUUGCUCGUCCGGCCCGCGCUCUGGCUGCUGCUGUGGGCAGCCGCGUGGCGCCUGGGUGCCACCGGGUGCCCCGCCCUCUGCACCUGCGCUGGCACCACGGUGGAUUGCCACGGCACCGGGCUGCGGGCCGUUCCCAAGAACAUCCCGCGGAACACGGAGCGCCUGGAACUCAAUGGCAACAACAUCACUCGAAUCCACAAGAACGACUUCGUGGGACUCAAGCAGCUGCGGGUGCUGCAGCUGAUGGAGAACCAGAUUGGAGUGGUGGAACGAGGGGCUUUUGAUGACAUGAAGGAGCUGGAGCGGCUACGACUCAACCGGAACCUGCUGCACACGUUACCAGAGCUGCUGUUCCAGAAUAACCAGGCUCUGUCGAGGCUGGACCUAAGUGAGAACACCAUCCAGGCCAUCCCCAGAAAGGCUUUCCGUGGAGCUACAGAUCUCAAAAAUUUACAGCUAGACAAGAACCAGAUUGGCUGCAUUGAGGAAGGAGCUUUCCGGGCUCUGCGGGGGUUAGAGGUGCUGACCCUGAACAACAACAACAUCACCACCAUCCCCGUGUCCAGCUUCAACCACAUGCCCAAGCUGCGGACCUUCCGCCUGCACUCCAACCACCUGUUCUGUGACUGCCACCUGGCCUGGCUCUCCCAGUGGCUGAGGCAACGGCCAACCAUCGGGCUCUUCACCCAGUGCUCGGGCCCCCCUGGCCUGCGCGGCCUCAACGUGGCUGAGGUCCAGAAGAGUGAGUUCAGCUGCUCAGGCCAGGGGGAGGCGGGGCGCGCGCCCUCCUGCACCCUCUCCUCCGGCUCCUGUCCGGCCAUGUGCGCCUGCAGCAACGGCAUCGUGGAUUGUCGCGGCAAAGGCCUGACCGCCAUCCCCGCCAACCUGCCCGAGGCCAUGACAGAGAUCCGGCUGGAGCUCAACGGGAUCAAGUCCAUCCCCCCGGGGGCCUUCUCUCCCUACAGAAAGCUGCGGAGGAUAGACUUGAGCAACAACCAGAUCUCGGAGAUCGCGCCUGAUGCCUUCCAGGGCCUCCGGUCCCUGAACUCACUGGUCCUCUAUGGGAACAAGAUCACAGACCUCCCCCAGGGCGUGUUUGGAGGCCUGUUCACCCUACAGCUCCUGCUCCUGAAUGCCAACAAGAUCAACUGCAUCCGGCUCGAUGCCUUCCAGGAUCUACAGAACCUCUCACUGCUCUCCCUGUAUGACAACAAGAUCCAGAGUCUUGCUAAGGGCACCUUCACCUCCCUGCGGGCCAUCCAGACCCUGCAUCUGGCCCAGAACCCCUUCAUCUGUGACUGUAACCUCAAGUGGCUGGCAGACUUCCUGCGCUCCAACCCCAUCGAGACCAGUGGGGCCCGCUGUGCCAGCCCCCGACGCCUUGCCAACAAGCGCAUCGGCCAGAUCAAAAGCAAGAAGUUCCGGUGCUCAGCCAAAGAGCAGUACUUCAUUCCAGGCACUGAGGACCACCAGCUGAACAGCGAGUGCAAUAGCGACGUGGUCUGUCCUCACAAGUGCCGCUGUGAGGCCAGCAUGGUGGAAUGCUCCAGCCUGAAGCUCACUAAGAUCCCUGAGCGCAUACCCCAGGCCACGGCCGAGCUACGAUUAAACAACAAUGAGAUUUCCAUCCUGGAGGCCACCGGGAUGUUUAAAAAACUCACCCAUCUGAAGAAAAUCAACCUGAGCAACAACAAGGUGUCGGAGAUUGAAGACGGGGCCUUCGAGGGCGCAGCCUCAGUGAGCGAGCUGCACCUGACCGCCAACCAACUGGAGUCCAUCCGGAGCGGCAUGUUCCGGGGCCUGGAAGGCCUGAGGACGCUGAUGCUAAGGAACAACCGUAUCAGCUGCAUCCACAACGACAGCUUCACGGGCCUGCGCAACGUGCGCCUCCUCUCGCUCUACGACAACCAGAUCGCCACCAUCUCCCCGGGAGCCUUCGACACGCUGCAGGCCCUCUCCACGCUAAACCUUCUGGCCAACCCUUUCAACUGCAACUGCCAGCUGGCGUGGCUGGGCGACUGGCUGCGCAAGAGGAAGAUCGUGACGGGGAACCCGCGGUGCCAGAACCCAGACUUCUUGCGGCAGAUUCCCCUGCAGGAUGUGGCCUCCCCCGACUUCAGGUGUGAAGAAGGCCAGGAGGAGGGGGGCUGCCUGCCCCGCCCGCAGUGCCCCCAGGAGUGCGCCUGCCUGGACACCGUGGUUCGAUGCAGCAACAAGCACCUCCAGACCCUGCCCAAGGGCAUCCCCAAGAAUGUCACAGAGCUCUACCUGGACGGGAACCAGUUCACGCUGGUUCCAGCACAGCUGUCCACCUUCAAGUACCUGCAGCUUGUGGACCUGAGUAACAACAAGAUCAGUUCCUUAAGCAAUUCGUCCUUCACCAACAUGAGCCAGCUGACCACUCUGAUCCUCAGCUACAACUCCCUGCAGUGUAUCCCUCCUCUGGCCUUCCAGGGGCUUCGCUCCCUGCGCCUGCUGUCCCUGCAUGGCAAUGACAUCUCCACCCUCCAAGAGGGCAUCUUUGCAGAUGUGACUUCCCUGUCUCACCUGGCCAUUGGUGCCAACCCCCUGUACUGUGACUGCCACCUGCGCUGGUUGUCCAGCUGGGUGAAGACAGGCUACAAGGAACCGGGCAUUGCCCGCUGUGCCGGGCCCCCGGACAUGGAAGGCAAACUGCUCCUUACCACGCCUGCCAAGAAGUUUGAAUGCCAAGGUCCCCCCACCCUGACUGUCCAGGCCAAGUGUGACCCCUGCUUGUCCAGCCCGUGCCAGAACCAGGGUACCUGCCGCAACGACCCCCUUGUGGGGUACAGGUGUGCCUGCCCCAGCGGCUACAAGGGCCGAGACUGUGAGGUGUCCCUGGACAGCUGUUCCAGCAGCCCCUGUGGAAAUGGUGGGACCUGCCACUCACAGGAGGGCGAGGAUGCUGGCUUCACGUGCUCCUGCCCCACCGGCUUUGAAGGGCCGACCUGCGGGGUAGACACGGACGACUGUGUGGAGCACUCCUGUGCCAAUGGGGGCACCUGUGUGGACGGCGUGGGCAGCUACACCUGCCAGUGCCCGCUGCAGUACUCGGGAAGGGCCUGUGAGCUGCUGGUGGACUUCUGCGCUCCAGAUUUGAACCCGUGUCAGCAUGAGGCCCAGUGUGUGGGCACCCCUGAUGGGCCCAGGUGUGAGUGUGCGCCAGGCUACGCAGGUGGCAGCUGCACUGAGAACCAGGAUGACUGCAGGGACCACCGCUGCCAGGAUGGGGCCCAGUGUGUGGACGAAGCCAAUGGCUACUCCUGCCUCUGUACUCAGGGCUACAGUGGUCAGCUCUGUGAGACCCCUCCCAGACCACCUGCCCCCAGGAGCCCCUGUGAAGGGACUGAGUGCCAGAAUGGGGCCAACUGUGUGGACCAGGGCAACGGGCCCGUGUGCCAGUGCCUCCCAGGCUUUGGCGGCCCUGAAUGUGAGAAGCUGCUCAGUGUUAACUUCGUGGAUCGGGACACCUACCUGCAGUUCACAGACCUGCAGAACUGGCCACGGGCCAACAUCACGCUGCAGGUCUCCACGGCAGAAGACAAUGGAAUCCUGCUGUACAAUGGGGACAACGACCACAUCGCGGUGGAGCUCUACCAGGGCCAUGUGCGUGUCAGUUAUGACCCGGGCAGCUACCCCAGCUCUGCCAUCUACAGCACUGAGACGAUCAACGAUGGGCAGUUCCACACAGUUGAGCUGGUCACCUUUGACCAGAUGGUGAAUCUCUCCAUUGAUGGCGGCAGCCCCAUGACCAUGGACAACUUCGGCAAACACUACACCCUGAACAGCGACGCCCCCCUCUAUGUGGGAGGGAUGCCGGUAGAUGUGAAUUCGGCUGCCUUCCGCCUGUGGCAGAUCCUGAAUGGCACCAGCUUCCAUGGCUGCAUCCGAAACCUGUACAUCAACAACGAGUUGCAGGACUUCACCAAGACACGGAUGAAGCCAGGCGUGGUGCCAGGCUGCGAGCCCUGCCAGAAACUCUACUGCCUGCACGGCAUCUGUCAGCCCAAUGCCACCCCGGGGCCCGUGUGCCACUGCGAGGCCGGCUGGGGGGGCCUGCACUGUGACCAGCCAGCCGACGGCCCCUGCCAUGGCCACAAGUGUGUCCACGGGAAGUGCGUGCCUCUGGAUGCUCUUUCCUACAGCUGCCAGUGCCAGGAUGGGUACUCAGGGGCCCUGUGCAACCAGGCUGGGGCACCUGCAGACCCCUGUGGGGGCCUGCGGUGCCUGCAUGGCCACUGCCAGGCCUCAGCCACCAAGGGGGCACACUGUGUGUGUGACCCCGGCUUUUCGGGCGAGCUGUGUGAGCAAGAGUCCGAAUGCCGGGGGGACCCUGUCCGGGACUUUCACCAGGUCCAGAGGGGCUAUGCCAUCUGCCGGACCACGCGCCCGCUGUCGUGGGUAGAGUGCCGGGGCUCAUGUCCGGGCCAGGGCUGCUGCCAGGGCCUGCGGCUGAAGCGAAGGAAGUUCACCUUUGAGUGCAGCGACGGGACCUCUUUUGCCGAGGAGGUGGAGAAGCCCACCAAGUGUGGCUGUGCCCUCUGCGCGUAG